AACCAGAUGAACAAUACUGGGAUAUCGUACUUUUACAGCUUUGCUUCUUCUACCGAUUUUGUAUAAUUCAUCGACACUGUCUCCAUUCAUCAUAAGACUACAGCCACAUUUUGUGCCCCCCACACUUCAACCUUGAACCCCCGCAGCGUGAUCGGAAAACGGAAGACCAACACCGAAACCACGUGGACCGUUAAUAUACACUUUCCCACUCGCUGCCAUUUUCUCGAAUUUAUAAUUGGCUUCGUGUCUCAAUUCUCUUUCCGUCAUUUAUAUUCUCUUCUUCAACGCAUACGAACUGUUCAAGUGCUAGCAUUUAAACACGAUGAGUGGCGAGCAUACAGCGUUUUUCUACGGCACACUGAUGGCCCCUGAGGUCUUCUAUACCGUUUGCUAUGGUGUAACCAACCCGCCGCAGGCAAUCAAGGACUUGCAUACCUUCACCCCUGCUACCCUCUAUGAGCACUGCCGUCAUCGAGUCAAGUAUGCGGACUACCCUGCCGUAGUAGCAGAAGCGGGCAAAUCCGUUCUUGGUAUCUAUGCUACCGGCCUCACCGACGCCAACAUGCAAAAGCUGGAUGAGUUUGAAGGCUCGGAAUAUGAACGCUUGCCCGCGCAAGUCACUUUGGCAUCUGAUGACAAUAGCACUAGCGCAGCAGCUGAGGUUCGCGAUACUUCAGUAUACAUUUUCUUAAAUCAUAAGGAUCUGGAGAAGAGAGAGUGGGAUUACCAGGAGUUUAGAGAGCAAAGACUGAAGCUCUGGACUCGCAAUGAGUUAACUUUCAACGACCGGGAAAAUGUCGCAGUCUCAGCUUAACUGAUAGGAGCAAUAUCAGCGCCGCAUGAACUGGUCUGCAGGAUGCUAGACACUCUACACAACGUUUAGUCGUGAUACUACGGUUCAGUACUCACGCCUCUGUAACCAACAAAUGCCAAAAAGCAAUUGCGCAAAUAAUAACAACAAAUAUAUUAUUCACGUUACGACAAAUAUUUUAGUACAAAAACCUUUGCAGCUGUGUUGGAUCAUGAUGCGUCAAACGCAUGUAGGGUAAUGGGGUUGGUCAAACGCCGCUAUUGGCAGAAGCGUGGUCCGCCUGUAGAUGUGUUGAAAAAUCUGGCCGAAUAAUUCGCUUCGCUACAAAUCCACUAGAGUAUUUUCCAAGGUCGGUACACGUCUGCCUAAGGCCAAAGAAUAAGGGUUGGCCUCUCAAAGUCACGACAAAGUCUGAAUCACGGCGUUUCAGCGCCAACAUAGACACGGCUCUGAGACUGUCUGUCACUGGGAGACAGACACUAGACUCAGGCCAGCUACAUGUCGCAAGACCAUCUCUACAGAAGACGGGACACAACGGCAGUUGCUUGAAGCAGAGUAUAGUGUUAUUUAUGGUAAAAAGUCACGCUACUCCGCAAAUAACAUGGGGAUUCAUAGAUCGCCAAGACAGAGUGAGAUAUCGGACUUUUAUUUCUUUGUCAAUCUCCCAUGGUGCUGGGAAUCUACAAAAAAUGUCAGUUGGCGGGUUAGCAAACCGCCUUGGAGCGGGAGGGGC